UUUCCAUACACGCCACCUUACGUUUCUUACUCAACUUCCGGUUCAAGAAAAUUUAUUGGUGGAAGAGAAAGGUUACAAAUCCAGGAAGAAAUGCCCAGCAAAAAGAAGAAAUUCAGUGCUCGUUUUCCUCCAGCCCGUAUAAAGAAAAUUAUGCAGACUGAUGAAGAUGUGGGAAAGGUGGCAGCUGCAGUGCCAGUACUUAUAUCUAGAGCUUUGGAGAAAUUUAUAGAAACGCUGAUCAUGAAAACCAGUGAAACCACAAAAAUAAGGAAUGCGAAAACCUUGACAACAUCCCACAUCAAGCAGACCAUUUAUCAAGAGAAAAAGUUUGAUUUCCUAAAGGACCUUGUGGCUAAUGUACCUGACCACCAGGCAGAGGAUGAAACAGACCCAAAUAUAGGGGGAGAGUCAAAACGACAGAAAACGCCCAGACCAAGAAAACAAAGAGCAGAGGGAAGAAAGAAAAGAAAACAGAAUUCAUCUGAUAGCAACUCGGAGGAAGAAGCUAAUGAAAAUGGCUCUAGCACGGAGACAGACGAAGAGAGCAGUCAGCACGAACACCUUGCUGCUAUUUCAGCAGCCAACCAUGAUCAACACCAGGGGACUCCUGAAAUGUACCAGCACCCUGUCAACUCUGUAGAAAACCCAGAAGCUAUGAUGUCAUACCCAUCCACCAGCAGUAUGCCUAGUCAUCCUGCAUACCCUCCACCUGGCUGUUAUCCGUCUCCGGGGCUGACCAGUCUACCACCGCAUAAUCUCUACCCUAUGCAAAUGAAUAACCACAUGCCACAACAGACACAACCACUGAAUCUGUGUAACACUCCAUUCAACCCAUCAAUGUACAUGUCAUCUGGGUACUCCUACCCCCAAUCACUGGGUUAUCCAUACCCACCUCAUGUGAAUCCAGGCCCCCCAGCACACAACUCUCAUCCAGGCAUGAAUCACUCAUCAGCUGCCAUGCCUGGCCCCUCCCACCUGCCAGUCUACCCCAAGGCUCCACCCUCAUGUGAUCAAGGACAGGAUUUGUCUCAAUCUAGUAUAGAGCCUGUGCCUCAGGCUACAGCACCUUUAGAACAAGCCCCACCCACUUCAGCUGAUGAUGAUGAUUAUGAUGCAUGAAUGAAUUUCUAAGACUUAUCAUCAUUUAAUGUAUGCAAAUUGACCCCAAGUGGGGAUGGAGAAUGGAAAACUCAGGAUCAUUUGUGAAACAUUUCAUUCUGUUGUCAUUGAAUUAAGCAAAAUAUGCUCUUGGUUCAUUUCGAUGUUCUAGUAGUGUGUGGAGUUAUUCCCCUUUGUUUUGGAUGUGAUCAGUGUCACCGUUUUGAGAUUUUGUGAUGGACACCAUAAUUUUCAUUGUUUGUUACAUUUAUCUUUGAUACACAAAAUAUGACACCGCACACACCCUAAAACAUACAUAUAUCUCUGAGAAUGGGUUGCUUUUAAAUAUGUUAUCUUUAGAGUCUAUGCAGAUUUCAGGAAGCUAGUGUUUAUUUUUACAUUUUACAUCAGAAUUGUAACAAUGAAAGUUGUAUUUAUUUUGUAAUACUGCAUAAUAUACAUGUACAGAUAUUACUCUAAAUUUUAAGUAAAUGUGCCUACAUGAUUUUAGGAUAGUUAUAUAUUUUGUGUAGAUGUACAUGUAUUUCAGUUUUUGUUUAUGGAUAGCAAUUUGUGAUAUAUUCCCCAAAGUAUACUUAAAUGUGUAGUUGUAUGUAUUUACUGAUAAGAUUCAUUUCAAGGGUACAUGCCUAACAAAUUUACAUUUAUGAGACCCAAUUCUAAGAUGAAAACAUAAAGUUAAUGUAUUUGUAUCAUUUAUCAUUAAGUGCUAGCUUUCAUAAUAUGUAAUAAGAUGCCUAUUAAGGAUCUUGUAUUACUUUAUCAAAUAUGUUCUUCAACAUAAAUCCAUAUAAGAUAUUGUCCAAUCCAUGUAACUUGGUAGGGUGGAGUGACCUUUAGAUUUUCAUACAUACAGUUUUACUCACUUUAUGAUUAUGAGAGACUUUAAGAAACAACAUGAUUUCUCCCUAUUGGAUACCUUGUACACAAUGCCAAGAGUGGUCAAUCUAGAGAUCUAAAAUAGCCAUGUAAAUCACCCAAAAGGAAUUAUAUAAAACAUACUUUGGUAAUAUGAGAUGAAAAAUUGAAUAUUGCCAAUUUAAAAUAGUUAUGAAAUUGAAUAAAGCCACUUUGAAAUAUUUAAAUAGAAUUGUACCACCUUUUCAAGUAUGUUUUAAGGAUAAGAAAGUCUAAAUGCAAUUUAGAUAAGGAUAAAUAUUACAUUUGAUGAGUUACAUCUUCAUCGUGUUUUCUAUUGCUUCAUGAUUAAACAGAGUUAAUUGUGUAAUUUUUGCAUGAUGCUUUUUUAAUCCUCAUACAGUUAAUGGAAAUAUGACCCAAUUUAGAGAUAUCCUUUUCAAUUUAAAUCCCAAUUUUUGGGAUUCAUCUAAAUCUUCACUUGGCUCCGUCCUACCAUGUUGCUUAGAUUACAGAGUGUGAAUACAGUAAAAUAAAUCUAUAACAAAGAUACUAAUUCAAGCUUAUAACAAUGGGAUUUUUCACUCCCCAUAGUAAUUGUCAUAAUGAAUUGAAUAUUAGAAUUAUGCUUUAAUAUAAUGAAUCGGAAUUAACUACCCCUGAUGCUUUGCUAUAACAAUAUUUUACUGUUCACUACAUUGCCUCCAGCUCUUUGAAUAUUAAAUAUUCAAGCUUUGGAAGUGCUUCACAUCAUUUACAUCUGUAUUGUUGUCAUCCAAUGCCCAGAAACAAUGAUCUGAUUUGCAUUUGUUGUAUUACUUGACCAAGACCAUUGUUCUACAAGUUGUUAUAGUAAGAGGUGGUAUUUGUUGAUACAUGUGUAAGACUGUUUCGAUGUUAUUAGCUGUGUGAAUGAUUAAAUUGAUUAAAUUCUU